UAUUUUGAUUAAGAAAACAUAUUUGGUUUAUGUUUUGUUAUGUGUGUUUUUGGAUUUUUGAUAUUGAAAUAAUUGAUUAUGACACCUUUUCUUGAUAGAAACAAAAAUUAUAGAUAAAGAAAAUAAUUUAUGUAUAUAUUACGUAAUGUCUGCAUGCACGCUAUCUUCUAGAUUACUUGCGCUGAAAUAUGUAUUGUCAUUGUUGUAUUUUUAUGGGGAUUUAGUAUUUGCUUUAUUAAGCAAAUUGUAUAACACAUUUCUAUGUUGGUAAAUUUUCUUUACUUAAAACUUGCUAUUUUACUCUUAAUAAUGACAUAUUGUUGUGGCAUUAAAAUGGAUGUAACAUGUUUAAGACUGCGAGUUUAUAAAUUCUAUGCUUCAUGAUAUGAGGUGAAAUUUUUUUGGAGGUUAAGCAUGCAGAUGUUUGUUUGUAUAGUAUAAUAGGAUGAUCCCUUUAUGUGUUUUUGAAGAAAAAAAUCCGACUUUAGACUUUCGAUUUUACUCUUUAGUAAUGACAUGUUGCAGCAUAGAAAUGUCAUGUUUAAGAUCACAAGUUUUCUGUAUCGUGAUAUGGAUUAAGCGGAGAAUUUGGAAGUAUUAUGCAGCUGUUUGUUUAUACAUGAAGAUUCACUAGUUUCAGUGGAAAAAUUGGAAGUGAGAAUUAUGAUUCUUGAUUUUUGUACAAACAAGAUGAAGACAGAGGAAUGAAAAACUGCAAGAAUCAAUCGUUCCCUCGGUUUCAGUUUGUUUGUCUGGUUUUGACUUGAAAAUGAAAUCCAAGAAAGUAAAAGAACAAUUUUUGAAUCUUACAGUCUUAAACUAAAUGUUUAAAGAUGUGUAGAAUGUAUCGAGAUGUCUUUUAAUCUUGUUGUCCGAUCUUAAACAUGUCAUGUGAAAAAAUUUAGAAUUAAAGAAUUUCCAGAGUUGUUACGUAGAAUUACAUGUUGUUGUAUGUUGAUUUUACUUGAUAGUGCAAAAGUUUAUGCAUUAUCAGUACGUAGAACUUAAACUCAUACGAGAAAUUUGACGGUCUACAUGUAUCAUUGAUCUCUUUCAGGCUUCAAGUGCCUAUGAUCAAGUUCUUCUACAACAUGUGUAAGGGUGCUUGUUUCUUGAAUGUCCGGUUGUGCUGUUGUUUAUUAGCUCUCGUUUUGGCGAAGACUUAAAGCUUUGUUGGCGUAUUCCUAAUCGAAUGGGAAGUGUUUGUUCAUCAAAGAGAGAUGCACAUGAUGAUGAUAACAUCAUUAGAAGAGGUUUCUCAAGUAGACGGUUUAAAGUUGGGAGAUCGAGUUGUUUAGAGUCGUUCCUUCUUGGGCGUGGCGUAGAUUGUCCUCUGGGAAGAAACAACUGUCCGUCCCUCAUGGAAUUAUGCGUUCAUAGAAUACGUAAGGAUCUUGACAAAUACAAGUCAUUCUCAAUGCUGCCAAGGGACAUAAGCCAGUUGAUAUUCAACAAUCUGGUCUAUUCCAAUCGCCUUUCAGAUGACAAUAUAGAAGCAUUUAGAGAUUGUGCACUCCACGAUAUGUGGACAGGAGAAUAUAAAGGUGUUAAACAUAAUUGGAUGGAUGUGUUUUCUUCACAAGGAUCAUCUUUACUGUCUGUAUGUAUCUUUGGUUCUAAGGUUACUGAUUUCGGAUUCUGUCUGUUGAAAAAAUGCCCGAAUCUCCAAGCGUUAUCCUUCGAUUGCUGUGACCGUAUUUCUGAACAGAGGAUAAAGGAACUCAGUGGUUUCUCGAAUUUGACUUAUUUGAGUUUUACAAAAUGUGUUUCGGUUACUGCUGAAGCAAUGGAAUCUUUAUCCAGCUUAGAUAAAUUAGUUAAGUUGGAUUUCGAGAGGUGUCCUCAAAUUCAUGGAGGAUUUGUUCAUCUUCAAGGUUUACCGAAACUUGAAUCUCUCAGCAUAAGAUGUUGUCAAUGCAUAAUGGAUUCAGACAUGCAGCCUUUGGCAGGGAUCGCGAGUUUGAAGGAUCUUGAGAUCGUGUGUCUCUACAUAACAGAUUAUGGAGUGUCUUAUCUGAGAGGUUUGAACAAACUUCUUGUACUAAAUAUCGAAGGAUCUCAUGUUACUACGUCAUGUUUGGAUACUAUAUCAGAGCUUCCUUCACUGCAAUCGUUGAAUCUAAAUAGAUGUUGUCUGAGAGAUGAUGGAUGUGAAAAGUUUUCGGAACUCAGCGAGUUGAAGGUAUUGAAUUUGGGAUUUAACCACAUUACAGAUGAAUGUUUGGUCCAUUUGAAAGGUCUGACAAAAUUGGAAGGCUUGGACUUCGACUCAUGUAGGAUUACAGAUGACGGAUUGGCUCAUUUAUCUGGUUUGAAAAACUUGGAAGAUCUCAACCUCAAAUUCACCUUAGUGACGGACGAUGGUUUGAAAAUGCUAUCCGGAUUAGCAGGUCUCAAGUCACUCAAUCUGGACGUUCGCCAAAUUGCAGACUCAGGGCUUGCAUUUCUCACAGGUUUAACUGGUUUGACUCACCUGGAUCUCUUUGGAGCUCACAUAACUGAUUCCGGGACAAAGUACCUCACAUAUUUCAGAAAUCUGCAAUCACUUGACCUUUGUGGUGGCACGUUAACGGAUACUGGAGUCGAAAAUAUAAAGGAUCUUUCUUACUUGAUGUUUUUGAACCUAUCACAGAACCGGAACUUGACCGAUAAGACCUUGGAGCUUCUUUCAGGAAUGAAAUUAUUGGUGUAUUUGAAUGUGUCAAAUUCUUGUAUCACCAAUGAUGGGUUGAAAUAUUUGAAGCCUUUGAAGAAUUUACACACAUUGGAUUUAGAAUAUUGCAAUGUGACAUCAUUUGAGAUUAAGAAACUACAAGACAAUGUCCUCCUAAAUCUUGUGAGAUAUAGGCCUAAUUAAGGUACUUAAGAGGUCGUUUCGUUCGCGGAUUAAGUUAUUUCAAAAAUAUACUUUUGAGAUUAUAUUUCUUGAACUAAUUUAUCCGACCUUGUUCUGUACAUCAAAUGACUCCUAGGGUUCUCAUGUAAUAUAUAGUAAAAGCAUAACAUAUAAAUAUGA